AUGUUGUCUUCGAAUGAGGAGGUGAUAAGAAUCCUAGAUGAAGACACUCACCGGUAUGAGGGGAUAGAAGGGUUGCCUAAGCAACCCGAUGCUGAUAAAGAUCUUUAUAAGACUUUUCCAAAACAACCAGCGAUAGCUCCUCAAAUCAAAUCUCCAACUGCUUCAGAGAUGUUUGAUUAUGACGACCUUAUUUCCAGCUUUGAAGGCAAGAAUCUUUCUACCAACAACAUCUUUGUUACCAAUUGGAAUCUUACCGAUGACUCUCGUCUUUCUAAUAAAGAUGUUGUUGCAGAGUUUUCUCAUCACGCUUUUCCUAAGGGCAAUGUUUCUGAAAUGGAGGCCUUCUCUGAUGACCAGACAGUUGAAUUCAUGGAAUUUUCUUCUGCUUAG